AUGUAUUUAUUCUUAUUUUUUCUCGGUGUUUUCUUUCUUUCUUUCUUUCUUUCUUCCUUUCUUUCUUUCUUUCUUUCUUACAAGCCUUUUCUUUAUUUCUCGCCUUUUCUUUCUUGCUUUUUAUUUCUUUCUUUUUCUUUCUUUCUUUCUUUCUUUCUUUCUUUCUUUCUUUCUUUCUUGCCUUUUCUUUAUUUCACGCCUUUUCUUUCUUGUCUUUCUUUCUUUCUUUCUUUCUUGCUUUUUAUUUCUUUCUUUCUUUUUCUUUCUUUCUUUCUUACUUGCAUUUUCUUUAUUUCGCGCCUUUUCUUUCUUGCCUUUCUUUCUUUCUUAUUUGCCUUUUCUUUCUUUCUUUCUUUUUCUUUCUUUCUUACUUGCAUUUUCUUUCUUUCUUUCUUUCUUUCUUUUUCUUUCUUUCUUACUUGCCUUUUCUUUAUUUCUUUCCUUUUCUUUAUUUCUUUCUUUCUUGCUUGCUUGCUUUUUAUUUCUUUCUUUCUUGCCAUUUCUUUCUUUCUUUCUUUUUUCUUUCUUUCUUUUUCUUUCUUUCAAGAUUGCUUUGUCAUCACCCGGCAUAUACGCAUGUCUCCUUCCUUCCUUCCUUCCUUUAUUUGGCUCCUUCCUUUCCUACCUCACUUCCUUCCUCUAGUCUAA